AUGUCCGACGACCUCAAGCCCUGCGACCUCGCCACGCUCAAGACGUUUGAGUUUGAGCGUGUCCUGUCAGAGAGCACUGCGUCUGGCUCGGCAUUCCUCCUCGGCACGCUCCACGGCGAGCCUGCCAUCAUUCACGUUCAGCGCACGGCACUGGACCCCGCGGCGGCGCCGGAGAUAGUCCAGCGCGGCCUCGAGACGCUCAACGUGUUUCUCGACAACCGACCCUACUUUUCCGCGCACGCGCUCAUCGCCCGCGGCGAGGACACGCUCCCGGACCUCGCGCUCAAGCUCAUCUGGCCAUGCACCGACGUCCACAUUGCAAAGUACACUGCCCAGCCGCGCAAGCUCGUGAGCGAGACGCCCGAAGUCUACGCCAAGGUGGUCCAGCCGUUCAUCGCCUCGUUCCCCGCCGAGCGCACUGCGUGGGUCGACGCCAUCCUCAAUGGCGAAAAGGAGGCCGAGCGCAUCCUCCACCGUUCGUCUGGCGACCAAGGGUUCGUCCUCCUCCCAGACCUCAAGUGGGACGGCACGACGCUCGCCGCGCUGUACCUCACGGCGAUUGCGCACGACGGCCGCAUCAAGAGCAUGCGCAACCUCACGCGCGCCCACCUCCCGCUUCUCCGCAAGAUUCGCGCACAGGCGUACGAGACCGCGGGCGAAAAGUAUGGUGUCGAGAGCGGCGACCUGCGUCUGUUUAUCCACUACCAGCCGAGUUAUUACCACUUCCACGUCCAUGUCGUCCACGUCAAACACGAGGUCAUGGCGGGUAUGGCCGUGGGGCAGGCACACAUGCUCGAAGACGUCAUCAACUGGCUCGAGCUUUCGCCCGAGGACGGCCCGGCCCUUCCUGCGCGCAUGACGUUUACGACAAGUAAGCCCGACAACGGCGGGGGCAAGUUGAGUCCUCCGUAG